AUGGAUGAUCAAGCAACAAAUAGAAUGAAUUCUGAUUUGAAUUUAAAUUUGAAUUUAAAUUUGAAUUUGAAUUUGGGACCUCCAUCUCCUCAUCGAGAGAACAAUCCAGCAUCACAUUCAUGGUUUUUGAAUUCGGAGGAUUGGAUUGGCAUUCGAAAUAAUCGUUCAAGCAUGGGAACCAGAACCAGACGAAGAAGUAAUUUGCAAUCCUUCCAGAUACAACAAGUUCCUGUUUCUGUUCCUGUUCCUGUUCCAUUAGAUACUUCAACAGGGGAAAAGGAAAAGAAGGAUGAUAAAAAACCCAAUGAAGGAUCUUUUUUCGACUGUAAUAUAUGUUUCAACAUAUCUAGGAAUCCUGUUGUCACUUGUUGUGGUCAUUUAUUUUGCUGGACGUGUAUUUACCAAUGGCUUGGCCUUCAUUCGAAUGCGCAAGAGUGUCCGGUUUGUAAAGGGGAGGUGACAGUCAAUACUGUGACCCCCAUUUACGGCAAUGGCCAUGGCCAUGGAAUCGCUGCUGCUGGCAAUGAGCUUGACGAUGAUCUGACUCUCAGGAUACCGGCUAGACCACAAGCCCGUAGGGUGGAAAGCUUUAGGCAAACCGUCCAGAGAAACUCGUUUGCUUUUCCUGUGGCGGAUGAAAGGAUUUAUUUUGAAAAUACAUAUGACUGGAUUCCAGAGGAUGAUACUAAUGAUAAUCUGCUGGAUAGUAUUCUGGCCUCGAGAAGAAUGAGGAGGCCGAGCCAAACCUUUCAACAAGUGGACGAACAUGUAGACAUAAGCACUACUGACAGUCGAUGGCCCUUAUUGCUGAGAAGACAGCAGGCUCAGAGAAUGGUCGCCAUGGCACAAGCCACAAUGAAUCGGCGACAACAUCAUGAAGAUGGAGAUUCGGUAUCGAGCAUAGUUGCAGUUAUACAGUCAGGGAGCCAGAGCCAGAUUACAGGGGAGAUUGAUUCUACAUCUUCUUCAAGGAGAAGGGGGGGAGGAGAGGCUUCUCCUAGGGUUUCAGAUAUGGACAGUGGAGAUUCCAGGCCUCCAUCCAGGAGGAGGUUAACAAACUGA